GGUUAUUCUUCCAGGCACAAAAGCUGACAUUGAGCUCAAUCAACCGUAAGUUGUUCUGCAGCUGUCAGUCGGCGAAGAAGUUCAGCGCCUUGCGAUACUUAACUGAUAUUCCGUGAAUCCGUUCUUCUGUUUUCUUGCGGUUACUUACAAAGCUUAGCCUUCUAGAUUGUACGUUUUGUGGGACUUCAUUAGAAAAGUGUCUCGACGGAAUCGGCUACCGUGCAAGAAAAUUUAUGGGUUAACUGUGGGUGCACCACCAAAUUACAAAUUACGCUUAAUCAGGCACCAUGUCUGGGAAAAAAGUUGGUGGAAUAGAAUGGGCGCCGCUAAACAUCCCUUUACAGCGACGUCUGCAGACACUAGCGGCCUUCAUGGCGGUGAUGACCUUCUUCUUCGGCGGCGUCAGCGGUCUCUUCUUCCUAGCGUACCUCCUGCACACCAAAUACUACUGGAUCACCUUCCUGUACGCGGUGUGGUUGUUAUACGACUACGAAACCUGCAGCCGGGGCGGGCGCCGCUUCGAAUGGGUGCGGCGCUGGAAGUUGCACACGUACCUGCGGGAUUUCUUCCCCAUCUCAUUAGUGAAGACAGCGGAACUGGAUCCUGGGCAGAACUAUAUUGUGGGGUACCAUCCGCACGGGGUCAUGGGCGCCGGCACCACUAACUUCACCAAUGAAGCCAAUAAUGUCAGCCACGUGUUUCCCGGGGUCAAGUUUACCGUGCUCACGCUGAAAUUACUGCAUUUCUUGCCGUUUUACCGCGAGUUUAUUAGUGCUUGCGGAUUGUGCGACGUCAGCAAGGAGAGCAUUAACUACAUCUUCCGCAAGAAGGGCAACGCGAUAGUGAUUUUGAUCGGGGGAGCGAAGGAAUCGAUGGACGCCAAUCCGCGCAAGACAACGCUAGUUUUAAAAGGGCGGAAAGGGUUUGCGAAGAUGGCGCUGAAGCACGGAGCUCAUUUGGUCCCGGCUUUUUCUUUCGGAGAAAACGACAUUUUCCGGCUCCUGGUGAAAAAUGAUCCUGGAUCGAGAGUGCGCAAACUGCAGCGCUACGUGCAGAAAGUGGCUGGCUACGCCCCCAUCAUGGUGUCGGGCCGAGGAAUCUUUAAUUACACUUUUGGAUUUGUUCCUUACCGGCAUCCAAUCACUACCGUCGUCGGUAAGCCAAUUGUUGUGGAGAAGGACGAAGAUCCAAGCUUAGAGAAAAUCACCGCGCUGCAUGAAACCUACAUGGCUGAACUGGAGAAGCUGUUCAAUACGCACAAAGAUAAGUACGGAUACGGCGAUCAGAGUUUGGAAUUUAUCGAGUGAAAGUUACGAACUAAAUUGUCAACGCACUCAGUUUUAUCGAUCACCUUUCGGUGAAGGACAGAAACUUCAACCGGCACUGUAUGAAAAUUGCGUUGUCAAAUUAAAACAAUGUUGGAGUUUGCUUUUGCGUUGCAACUGUUAUUAUAAUAAUAAUGAGCUUCUCAUCAUUCUUUGUAAACAAUCAGCGAAUCGAUUAGAACGAAGAAGUAAAUUGCAAACCUUA